AUGGCCGCCUUAAUUCUGGGAAUCCUCUGGCUUUUGCCAUUCCUCUCCGGUCAUAGCUACGAUGUGUUUGGCCGUCGACCGAGAGACAAGGACAGCUUGUCCAUACCAGAUGGCCCACUAGGCCUUCCGAUCGUUGGAUCGUUUCCCUUCCUCACCCAUUACCCUGAGCUUACGUUGCACAAAUGGCGCAAGAGGUUUGGGCCGCUCUACUCAAUGUGGCUUGGCAAUCAAUUGUUCGUCAUCGUGUCCGACCCCGGUAUUGCCAAGGACCUCAUGGUCACCAACGGCGCCGUGUUCUCCUCCCGUAAGGAGAUGUUCAUCAAGAGCCAGAUCGUCUUUGCGGGGCGCGGGAUAACAGCUACUCCGUACAACGAUCGCUGGCGCAAGCACCGACGUAUAGCGACCGGCUGGCUGAAUCUCCGCGCCGUCAUCGACUACUCUAACGUGCUCGACUACGAGGCGACGGUGAUGAUGAAGAAUUUGUACCUUACAGGCAAAGGGGGUGACGCCCCAAUCAACCCUCAGCCUCAUGCCGGACGGUGCUCCCUGAAUAAUAUGCUCACGAUUGUCUUCGGCACACGCACCGACUCUAUCGACAACCCGCUAGUCAGCAGAGCACUUAUGCUUUCUCGCGAGUUCAUGGCGGGAAAUAGGAAUUGCACCGGCCCUGUGUCGAACCUCGUAGACUUUGUGACCCCGCUGCAGUGGUUACCCACGAGCAUGUCUAUUCGCGGGAAGAGGCUGCACAAAGACCUCGUCGAGACAUACGGUGGCAUGAUCAAGGACAUAGAACGCCGCAUGAACGCGGGUGGGACGGUCCCCGACUGUCUCGCCAAGACGAUGAUCCUCUCCCGCCAAGAGGAGGAGCUGGACCAUCUCGACAUGGCCAUCUUGGCAUCUGCGUUCAUGAUCGGGGGCGUUGAGACGACGGCAUCCAUCAUGCAGUGGUUCUCCGCACUCAUUCCCGCAUACCCCGACAUCCAAUUGAAGGCACAGGUCGAGCUUGAUCGCGUCGUUGGACGUGAUCGCUUGCCGACCGUUGAGGACGAGCAGAAUCUGCCGUUCUGCCAUGCUAUCAUCAAAGAGGUCGAGCGAUGCCACAAUCCGUUCUGGCUCGGCACCCCGCACGUCGCUUCAGAAGACUUUGUUUACGAGGGCCACUACAUUCCGAAAGAUACAGUGGUCAUUCUCAACACAUACUCGAUGCAUCACGACCCGGAGAGGCAUGUGAACCCACAUGACUUCGAUCCGGAGAGAUACAUAAAGGACAGUACCAAUAACACCGAAUCCGCCAACCUAGCGAACCCAUAUGACCGCGACCAUUGGAUGUUCGGUGCAGGACGCCGCAUCUGCCCCGGCAUGAUCGUUGCCGAGCGCGAGAUUUGGCUCGCCAUUUCACGGAUGCUCUGGGCGUUCGAUAUGGUUGAAAUUCCUGAAGAGCCCAUCGAUCUGAAGGAAUACGACGGUCUUUCGGGUCGAUCUCCCGUUCCGUUUCGCAUCAAAUUGAUUCCUCGCCACGAGAACGUCGCGAAGGUCCUCGGGCUUGAACAGUUGAAAAGUGUAGUGGAGUCCGAGAUACUCAAUGUAUAUACUAAGCCGUCUCCGAAAAGGAUGGAGGCACCCCAACUGGCAGUGUCCUUCUCUCUCGUAAGAGCUGACAAAGAGUCAACGAAUACGUUGAUAGAAAAGUCGACGCCAUAUGAACAACACAAUGGAGUGGAUUCCUCUCUGUCUCUGCAGCUGCUCAGGCAUCUCGGAGACAAAGUGAAAGUAUUGCUGAUUUAUCCAACGAGAAGCGUUCAGAAACAACCUGACCCCGAAAGGCGCCCAUUUCGAAGGCUCACCCCUCCCCCGGAAGUCUGUGAUAUGAUCGUCGAUCAUUUGCAAUACGACCCUUCAGCGCUGGCGAAUUGCCUGCAGGCCUGCGAGAGCUGUUUCCAGAGAUGUAGAAAGUAUCUACCGGUGGAAGGGUACGCGUUCAAGAAUAAGAGGGAAGUCUUCCUCGUAUUACGUGAAGAUUCGGGCCCCGGAAGCAGGUCAGAUUUGCCCGGCACUCCAUUAUACGCCAUAGGUCGUCACGCUGUGUAUCCAAUCGCUUUCCGGGAGAGCCAGAGUGUGAUAAUAGAGGGCGAGGACAGCAUGCCCACGCAAGGAGAACGACAAGUCAACCAUCUCGGCAGCUUCGCUGUGAUGAUAGCAGCGAAAUGGUCGGAAGUGACCACUUCUUUGACAAUCAGACAUGGGGCGUGGUCGGCUGGCCAUCUUCACCCGGACGUCUUUCUUCAUCUCGCUCACUGGCGAUCGAUCAAGGAGCUGAAAUUGGCCGAAGUGACACUGCCGUCUGCCUCCGUCUUUGGAAACCUAAUCGCUGCUCUAAGCAGCAGCCUCUUGUAUCUAACUCUUUCUCGUGUCACAUUUUUAGACGCUUCUAAGCCCUUACAUCUCCUGACACGCAGUAACAGCACUGCACACAGACUACCCUCGGGCGAUUCCGAUCAUGUGUCGUUUGUCCUCACUAUACACGACCUAACGCCCGCUUCAUUAGCUGUCGUCGCCCACACAUUACUUGCAGCCAACGUCGGCCAAGAUCCCUGGAUUCGCAACCUGCGCGUCGUCUGCCAUAAUGAAGCGGUUGGAGGAUGUCCAUCUUGGACUCCGCAGGGGCUCCCAUGCAUCCUACGAGCGGCCGGCGAAACGCUGCGGUCGAUGCGCUUGACCCUGCUGGCGAGCAUGCCCCUCCGUCUCUCAUUUGCGCACAACACCCGCAUGGUAUCCCUCCGCCUCGACAUCCACAUCGACGAACCAGAUGUCGAGAUUGCGUGGCUGCAGAGAGUGUUGUCGACACUGCCGUGGAGUGCCACCGACCCAGCGUUGCGCUCGCUCGCGCUCUGGUUCUGGGUCGACGUGCACGUAGAGGAUGGCCAUGCCGUGACUCAAGGUCGACACUGCAACGGCUGCGCGCGUCGCUCGCUUCCGAUGAGUCCCCUCGGGGCACCUGCCACUACGAGCAGUAUCGACGCCGUGCUGCGGAGGUUGGCCAUGCGGUGCAGGAGUAUGGACUUGCUCUUAUCCCGUCUCUGCUGCCAUUUUGCAGCUGCGCGGACCUCAAUCUCGAAACGUGGGGAUCGGCCGUCGGCUCCUGGUUUCCCGGCCUUCGUGGGAGGAAUAUGUUUGCUAGUGGCCAAAGGUGAAUCCUCGCGCUCUCUAGUGGCUGCCGUCGCCGAGGUCUUAUGUGCGCCAUCACGGACGGCCCUCUGGGACGAUCCUGCUUCGGUCGGCGGCGCCAACACUAUGCCCGCCCAGCGCGUAGACGAUUAUGCCCUUUGGUGGUAUCCGGCGAGGACUCUAUAG